AACCAGCACUUGUGGUGACAGAUCGCUUCAUCGAGAUUCAGUACCGCUCACGACACACUUCACCGAAAGCGGUUGGACAGUAUCUAGCCGCUCCCGUAAGGAAUCAACGAGUCAAUGCUAGGUGCCACCUUCAGUCGUGUUCGAGGCGGGCUCGGGAGCAAGAUUAAUACAAGCACAAGUGUGCGAACCGCAACAGCAGCCGGCUCCCGUACCAUGAGUUUGUGGAGUGAAAUGCCCAUGGGACCUGCUGACCCAAUCCUGGGACUCACCGAUGCUUUCAACAAGGACACGAACCCGAACAAGGUAAGCCUUGGGGUCGGUGCAUACAGAGGCGACAACGGAAAACCGUUCGUACUGGACUCUGUGAGGAAGGCAGAGAAGCUGGUGCUCGACAAAUCCCUCAACCACGAGUACGCUGGAAUAGCAGGCGUGCCGGAUUUCACGAAACUGUCGCUGGCGUUCGCGUACGGGAAGGACUCCCCUGCCCUCACGGAAAACCGUGUCGCUGGUGUACAGACCCUGUCGGGUACUGGGGCUUGCCGCGUCAUGGGAGAGUUGUUCGCGAGGUUCCGCGGCACGGGGUCCGCGAUCUACGUGCCCAACCCUACCUGGGGAAACCACAUCCCCAUCUUCAAGAACGCGGGCUUGGAGGUUAAGAAGUACCGAUACUUCGACCCGGAGACGGUCGGCCUUGACUUCGAAGGUCUGAUCUCGGACGUGCAGGCAGCGGAGGAUGAAUCGGUGUUCUUGCUUCACGCCUGUGCCCACAACCCCACGGGGAUUGACCCUUCGCAGGAUCAGUGGGCGGAGCUGAGCAAGGUCAUGAAGAGUAAAAAGCACACCGCUUUCUUCGAUUGCGCUUAUCAGGGCUUCGCCUCUGGAGAUGCGGAAUUGGAUGCUUGGGCAAUCCGGCGAUUCGUUGCCGACGGUCACUGCAUUGCCCUCGCGCAAUCCUUCGCCAAGAACUUUGGCCUCUACGGGCAGAGGAUCGGUGCGCUGUCGGUGGUCUGCAACGAUGCCGAAGAGGCUGAAAGAGUAGGAUCCCAGAUCAAGAUUGUGAUCCGUCCCAUGUACUCCAACCCGCCCGUGCAUGGUGCGCGCCUAGUCGCGGAGAUUUUGAGCGACGAGGCCCUUUCCCAGGAAUGGUCCGGAGAAUGCAAGGCCAUGGCAGACCGAAUCAUUGCGAUGCGAACGGCGCUCAGGGGGCACCUAGAGGGACUCAAAUCUGGUCGAUCGUGGGAGCACAUCACGGACCAAAUCGGCAUGUUCUGCUACACAGGUCUUACUCAGGAGGAGGUGCUCAAGGUACGCGAGGAUUCGCACAUUUACUUCACCAACGACGGUCGGAUCUCCAUGGCCGGCAUCACAACUGCCAACGUAAAAUAUGUGGCAAAGAGCAUCUACGCGGUCACUGGAUAGGAUCGUAGUAUUAUCGUGCGAUUUCAUGUUUACCCAGCAACAGGGAAACUAAUGUGCUUUUGACUGCAACGAUGAGAUUUCCUAAGUAACGUGCCGCAAAGGUAUGUUACCCGUUGUCCGUGUAGGACAGAGUACUCCUCGUUUUGUUUUAUUUUUGCGAAUUCAAGCAUUAAGCUUGACUAGUGGAAUUCGUGUUCGUGUGCACCAUCUUGUACGAUGUCUCGGCCGGUCCUUGUUGUACCGAGAUUUUCCUUCUGUGUUAUGAGAUCGUGCCUCUUAGGUUUGGAAUGCGUGUUGCGUGCCACAAAGUGUAGGUCGCCGCCACCGUUUUGCUGGUGGGACAUUCUGUUUCGCAUUGGCUCGCAUGUGGUGUUGCAGGCAUGGGCAUGUAUUUAUAGUCUGUCGUGUCAUUGGUCGGUGUGCUAAAUAGGACCGGGAGGCUGUCAUUUAGUACAUGGUAGCGUUUAGCUGCGAGCGUGCUGCAAGAUACCGUCUGCUUUGGAGUAGAGACAGUGAAGGUAGGCGCAGGAAUGACAGGAUAUGGCACUGCAAAAAUGGAGGCCUUCGUGGCACCCGACAAGAACCAAGUCCGCUACG